CAGCAGCAGCUCGGAGUGUCACUGCAGCACCAUGCUCUGCGACCUGCUCGGACUCUGCAAGUAUGAGACUAAUAAACUGGUCCGGAUCCAAAGCGUCCGGCUCGGGUCUCUGAAAUGGGCUUUGAACGCAACUAUCCUGGUGGUGAUCUGUAUCAUGAUGUUGUGGAACAGGAACUACCAGGAGUUCGACCUGGUGGUGAGCUCCGUCACCACGAAGGUGAAAGGAGUCGCUCAACCAACCUGCCCGGGGUCGGGUAACGUGGUCUGGGACGUGGUGGACUACAGCGGACCCUCACAGGAUAAAAACUCUUUCUUUGUGGUGACGAAUGUGAUUGUGACGCAGAGUCAGAGGCAAGGGAAAUGUGCUGAGGUUCCCAGUAAAGGCAGACUGUGUCGUACUGAUAGAGACUGUGAGAAAGGACACUGGGACCAGCAGAGCCAUGGGAUUCAGACGGGAUCAUGUGUGAAGUUCGAUGUGUUGAAGAAAACUUGUGAGGUUUCUGCCUGGUGUCCCGUCGAAGCCAAGACGAAACCUCCGAGACCGGCUUUGUUGGCAGCAGCGGCGGAGAACUUCACGGUUCUCAUCAAGAACAACAUCAGAUUUCCAGCCUUCAACUACAUCAGGAGGAACAUCCUCCCUCAGAUGAACGACGCCUACCUGAGGAACUGCCAGAGGACCUACGACCCGUUGUGUCCCAUCUUCAGACUGGGAGACAUCGUACGAGAGGCGGGAGAGAAGUUCUCCGACAUAGCGAUAGAGGUGAGAGGAUUAUUAUUAUUAUUAGUGGUCUGGGAGGGCGUUCCAAAGACGGGGGGCGGCGGAGCAGAAAGCCCGAUCACCCAUUGUGUGGAGCUUAGUCCUUGGGGUUUUAAGGAGAUGGGUGGAGGAAGAACGGAGGGAACGUGUGGAUGUCUGAGGAGUGUGGAGGUCCUUGAGGUGUGUGGGGGCAGUUCCAUGGAGGCACUGGAUCCUAGCAGCGCUGUUCUGGAUAUAUUGGAGCUUUUGAAUGCUCUUGCUAGGGAUCCCGAUGAGGAGUGCGUUGCAGUAGUCCAGCCUGGAGGAGACAAAGGCGUGGACCAAUUUUUCUGCGUCUGCGAGGGUGAAUCCAGGAAUCCUCCCUCUGAAGCUAGAAGUUGGUAG